AUGGCGACUCAUAAUUACAAGUCCCUCGAUUCUAUCACCGCCGCCGAUAUAUCGGCGUUGUGCAUACCAAUUGAAGUCGCCGAUCGGAUUCACGGAAAACUCGCCGGAAUAAUUCGUGAUUACGGUGCUGGAACUCCCCAAACAUGGCAGAUGAUUUGUAAGCAAGUUUUAAGUCCAGAGCUUCCGUUUUCCUUCCAUCAGAUGAUGUAUUAUGGGUGCUACAAGGAAUUUGGGCCUGAUCCUGUUGCUUGGGUACCUGACUCGGCUAGUGCAAAUUUUACUAAUGUUGGCCGGCUAUUGGAGAAGCGUGGAAAAGAAUUCUUAGGAUCAAAAUACAAAGACCCUAUUUCCAGCUUCCUUGAUUUUCAGGAAUUUUCUGUCUCGAACCCCGAGGUUUAUUGGAAAACUAUAUUAGAAGAUAUGAAUAUCUGCUUUUCAGUUCCUCCAGAAUGCAUUUUGCGGGAGGAUCCUACACACCCUGGUGGUCACUGGCUUCCUGGAGCACAUACAAAUCCAGCAAAGAAUUGCCUGUGUCUAAACGGGAAGAGAAAUCUAGAUGAUAUUGCCUUGACAUGGCAAGAUGAAGGAGCUGAUGAAGUGCCUGUAAAAAAGAUGACCUUUAGAGAGUUACGCUCAGCAGUUUGGCUGGUUGCAUAUGCAAUUGAAACCCUGGGAUUGGAGAAAGGAUCUGCAAUUGCUAUUGAUAUGCCCAUGCAUGUGAAUUCUGUGGUGAUCUACCUGGCCAUAGUACUUGCUGGCUAUGUAGUUGUGUCCAUUGCUGAUAGUUUUGCACCAAGUGAAAUAUCUUCAAGGCUUAAAAUAUCAAAAGCAAAAGCAAUUUUCACGCAGGAUCUUAUCGUUCGCGGUGAUAAAAAAAUACCCUUGUACAGUAGAGUUGUUGAUGCGCAAUCUCCAACUGCAAUUGUAAUUCCCACGAUAGGUUCCAGCUUCAGCAUGAAAGUGCGUGACAGAGACAUUUCUUGGCAUAGUUUUCUUGAGAGAGUAAAUGGAUCCAAAGAAGUCGAGUUUGUUGCAGUAGAAAGACCAGUUCAAGCAUUCACUAAUAUUCUUUUCUCGUCAGGGACCACAGGGGAACCAAAGGCAAUACCAUGGACUAUCUUUACACCUUUCAAAGCUGCUGCUGAUGGUUGGUGCCACAUGGAUAUUCACAAAGGUGAUGUAGUGGCCUGGCCUACUAAUCUUGGAUGGAUGAUGGGUCCUUGGCUUGUAUAUGCUUCAUUGUUAAAUGGAGCUUCCAUGGCUCUCUAUAAUGGAUCUCCACUUGGCUCUGGAUUUGCAAAGUUUGUGCAGGAUGCUAAAGUAACAAUGUUAGGCGUGAUCCCAAGUAUUGUGAGGGCAUGGAAAAGUACAAAUUCUACUGCUAGCUAUGACUGGUCAGCCAUCCGUUGCUUUGCGUCUACUGGUGAGGCUUCCAGUGUGGAUGAAUACCUAUGGCUGAUGAGCCGAGCUCAAUAUAAGCCCGUGAUCGAGUAUUGUGGAGGUACUGAAAUUGGUGGCGGAUUCAUAACUGGUUCAAUGUUGCAGCGUCAAUCUCUAGCGGCUUUUAGCACACCAGCCAUGGGUUGUAGUCUGUUUAUUCUUGGUGAGGACGGACUUCCUAUACCACCGGAUGUUCCUGGGAUUGGUGAAUUGGCCCUUGGUCCACUCAUGUUUGGAGCUUCAAGCACACUAUUAAAUGCUGAUCACUAUGAUAUCUACUUUAAGAAAAUGCCAGUAUGGAAUGGAAAGGUUCUUAGAAGGCAUGGUGAUAUGUUUGAGCGUACUGCAAAUGGAUACUAUCGUGCACAUGGUCGUGCGGAUGAUACAAUGAAUCUUGGGGGUAUUAAGGUGAGCUCGGUUGAGAUUGAACGGAUUUGUAAUGCUGUUGAUACUAAUAUCCUUGAGACAGCAGCAGUUGGGGUGCCACCUCCAAAUGGAGGCCCCGAAAGGCUGAUGAUCGCUGUUGUGUUCAAGAAUUCAGACGAGUUGCCAAAUGAUUUGAAAAAUCUGGCUGCAUCUUUCAAUUCAGCACUGCAAAAGAAAUUAAAUCCUUUGUUCAAGGUUUCUAAUGUGAUUCCCCUACCUUCCCUUCCAAGAACAGCCUCAAAUAAAGUCAUGAGAAGGAUAUUGAGGCAGCAGUUUUCUCAAAGGGAACAAAAUUCUAAAAUUUGA